AUGAAGUACAAAGCCGCAGUCUGCAUUUCGACGGUUUUGCUUUUACUACAGUGCCAAACCGCAAAAACCAGAUCUACCAAAAUUUCGGCCAACAACCAAUUCAACGCCGCCAUUGGAUCGUUAAAGAAAGAAUUUGAAUAUCUAAAUAUUAAGAACGAAACGGGCGCUGAUACCACAUGGUUUAAACUCCCCAAAGGUUUUGAGUUCCUCCAGGGAAAGAUAGAACAAGAAGGGAAUGCACACAUGUCCACAGAGGAGGGACUAACUGUAAAAAAUGAAAAAAUCGAAAACAACGCAGAAGCUUCCCUUGGAAGUAUAAAUGUGAAUAUCCCUCAAUGGGGAAACGACCUCAACAAGUUUAGACAAAAAAAGAGGCUAUCUAGAAUGCUAGCCACUAAAGGAAAAGGUCAGCAGAAGGGAGCUGGAUCUCUUAGGGGAAAACCAGGAGGAGUGUUCAUGCCUCCCAUGAUGCCGGGUGCACCUAUGGGAAGUAUGCUUGGUCUAAAUGGAAAAUUCUCUCCAGGAAUGAAACCAGCAAUGCCUUGGUCUCCACCUGGAGCAUCACCAUGGAAUAAAGGAAAACCUUCAACCCUUUUAUGGUCUCCAGGUGCUAAACCCAAGCAAACCCCACGAUCACCAUGGGCUCCGCUUCCACAGAAAAAAACAAAAGGUGAUGACAAGAGCGAUAAUGGUAGUGUCAAAUCAGGUGAUGAUGGGGAAGAAGAAGAUGGAGCACCAGGUAUAGGAGGAAAUGGUGGCUUAUUUGGUGAAUAUGACCAACUGCUCGGUGGCAUUGGUGCUGGAAAUCCCCUUUUACAAGGUUUUCUAUCUGCUGCUGGUGGUGCAGGUGCCGCAGGUGCCGCAGGUGCCGCAGGUUUGGCUAAUGCUGCACUCGGUAUGAACCGAAACAUGGCUCCUCGACAAGGGCUCCCAUGGGGUGGAAGAACUGAUUUCUUCAAAGGUAGACUGCAGUAUUCCUCCAAGGGUAUUAAAAGAACUGGAUGGGGUAAGUUCUGUUAUUUCUUCAAGAAUUUACUGUGCUGUCUGUUUAUUUUCGCAACCAGAACGCCAUUAUUAGCUGGAGGUUUGGGAGGUGUUUUGGAUAACCCAAUGGUUGGAAGUGUUAUAGAUUUGGUCCAAAGUGGUAUGAUGAGUACUUAUUAAUCAGAUUAUUUUUGUGCCGACAACGCGCCUUUAACCGGCCGCUAAUCGCUGCAAACGCGCAGAUGACGGGCCACAUAUGUUUAUGUAGACUACUUCGAAGCACACGCGCAGAAGCUAUUUAUGUGUAUACGUAUAUUUAUAUAUAUAUGCAUGUAUCUAUGCACGUAUGUGUGUAUGUAUAUUUACCCCCCGUGCAUGGCUCAUUUGUUUUAUUUUUGAAGUCAUCCAUACGUGAAUACAUACAUACAUACAUACUUGCAUACGUGCAUGCCUUUCUUUCGGGGAGAAGCGGGAAAAGGUCGAACAGCGCCUUGCAUGGCCAGAAAAUUUUUUUUCCUCUUUUUUAUGUGCCUUGUGGAUAUAUGAACGCGACCAAUAUAUGUAGAAGUACCGAAAGGAAUAUGUCCUGACAUGAAAUGACAAAUGUGUAAAAUGAAUGUGUGCAGAAGGGGGGAGGUGGAG